AUGUCUGAAGAAAAACAUUUGCAUGAACACAUCCAACAAAGACCAUUUAAGGAAAAGUCAACAAAGAUGAAAUCUCACCAACAAAAUUAUCUUAUCGUCAAAGAGAGCGUUAACAAAGACACAGAAGACUUUAUGACUAGAUGUAAGCCAUUUAUUUAUUGGAGAAGAACUGAAGAAGUUGACUUGUCCAAUUAUGGUCAUAAUAAUCAUGAUGGUUUGCCUAUUGUGCCAAAAGAAAAGUUAACAGAGGAGGAAGAGGAUAAACUUCUUUGGGAAACAUUUCGCAAUAUAUUUAAAGGGUCGAAGGCCGUCACGUUGUUAAGUAAAGCUCGUGAAAUGUUAGGAAUGGAAGUUUGA